AGUACAAGUUACUGUUUUUUAAAGUUCAGUUAUUAAAGAAACUUGUACUGAUUAUUAUUAAUAAUUUAUUUAUAGACAUAAAUAAUUGGUGAAAAAUGGUAGUACUUAGCAAUUUUCUAGCACCCCAAGAAGGGAUACGUCAUGAGGAAUCCAAUACUACUGUAUACAUUAAUGAUAGAGAAGUAGGGAAAGGAACUUUGUAUAUUACAGAGAGCUUACUUUCUUGGGUGAAUUAUGAUACACAACAAGGAUUUUCACUUGAAUAUCCUCAUAUAUCUUUACAUGCCAUAUCACGAGAAGUACAUCCAAGACAAUGUUUAUAUAUUAUGGUUGAUGCAAAAGUAGAUCUUCCAGAUGUACCGUUACCACCAGCUUCCGAUAGUGGUUCUGAAAAUGAGAACGACGAUGAUGCUGAUACACCUAUCACAGAAAUGCAGUUUGCACCUGAUGAUGUGAAUAAUUUAGAGGCUAUGUUUCAAGCAAUGAAUCAAUGUCAGGCUCUGCAUCCUGAUCCUCAAGACAGUUUUUCCGAUGCCGAAGAAGAUAUUUAUGAAGAUGCAGAGGAAGAUGACUUUGAAAAUUACGAAGCAGAUGCUGGUGAUGCUCCCUACAUUUUACCAACAGAACAAAUAGGGACCAAUCACAAUGGUACAGAGAUGGAUGAAGCUAUUGACAUGGAAGCAGGACAGUUUGAAGAUGCAGAAGAAGAUCCAUAAGUAAUUGGCAAUAAAUGCAGAUAUGCAUUUAGUAUUAAUUUCGAAUAAUUAUCAUAUAUUAUGGUAGAUAUGUGAUAUGACAGACUGUAUAACAGAGCUGUAUCAAACAUAAAAACACCUAACAUUUAUUUAUAUUCAUUUUGUACACAGUAAUAAUUUCAUAGAUAAAAAAUAAACAAUUGUAUAUCAAAUUCAA